UAGCGGGCAGGGCGGAGGUGAAAGUUCAUUUCGCCGUGAAAACAUGGUUGAACACGGUGAUGUCCGCGUGGUUUACCGGGGCGGCGGUAAAUUAAACUUCAGGGAUCCGGUGAUCAGCAAUGACUCCAGGUUCCUGCUCUGCGCCUCAGGUGACUGUGUGAAGGUGUUCAGCACCGUCACGGAGGAGUGUGUCCACGAGCUGAGGGGACACACCGACCUGGUGACAGGUGUGCUGCUGAGACCCUCCAACCACCUCCAGCUCUACUCCUGCUCCACAGACGGAACCAUCAGACUCUGGGACUUCACAGAUGGCAUUCUCAUAAAGACUUACGUCGUCGGAUACCCUAUUUUCUCCAUCCACGCCUCUCGGAGCCACGAUGGGGUCGUCUUCGCGGUUAUUCCCAUGCAGAGCGAGAAGAAACAUGAGGCCUUCCAGCUGGUGGCGGUGCCCCUGCCUCAGCGUGCCGAUCAGCUGGUGGAGGUGGGAGGAUUAUCCGCUGUCCUGAGCGGCGUCGACUCAAACCCCGCGGCCCUCGCCUUCGGCAGAGCGGGAGAAUAUCUGGCUUCGGUUCGACGACUGCAGAUGGAGGUUUACUUUUUCAAGCAGCAGAAGUCCUACAGGUUUUUCCUGAAAGAGGACAACAAAAAGGGAGGCAGGAACACGUUCACCUGCAUCACCUGUCACCCGAAAGACGACUGCGUCGCCACGGGACACCAAGACGGAAAAAUCCGACUCUGGAGGAACUUAAACCAGAAGAAGGAGUACACCUACACCACGCUCCACUGGCACCACAGCGCCGUGAGCUCCGUCCGCUUCACGCCUGAAGGCACCAACCUGCUGAGCGGAGGCGUAGAGUCGGUCCUGGUCCAGUGGAGGUACGGCCAGGAGAGCCAGAGGGACUUYCUGCCCCGACUGGGGGCGGCCAUCACGCACAUCGCCGUGUCGCCCGACGGGGCGCUGUUCUGCACGUCCCACAGCGACAACAAAAUCACCGUCAUCCAGAGCAGAGUGAAAGUUUCAGCCGUCAUUCAGGGUCUGGUCCAAGGUGAAAACGUCAGAACGGGCCUGAUGGUGGACCCCCGCAGCCGAGCUCUGGUCCUGAACGGGAAACCGGGUCACCUUCAGUUCUACUCCCUGCAGAGAGACAAGCUUCUGUUCAAUCUGGAUAUCGUGCAGCAGGAGUACAUCUACCAGUCGGGCCUGCAGCAGUUCGAGGUGGUCCGAGCGGCCUUCGAUGCCUCCGGGUCUUGGUUGGCCACGGUGGAGGAGAGGAAGCAGGAAGCUGCUGAUCUGGAGCUGAACCUGAAGCUGUGGCGUUUUCACGAUCAGACCCAGAGCUUCGUGCUCGACACCACCGUCUCGGCCCCCCACGAGGCGCAGAUUACAGCCGUGUGCUUCGACCCGGCGGCGGCGGCGGACGGGCGGACCACCACGCUGGUGUCCAGCAGCAGAGACGGACACUUCAAAGCCUGGCAGCUGGCAGAGUCAGGUGAAGGUCCUUCCUGGUCGUGUGAAUUUGUCGGCGCCUACCACGGCCUGGUCCCCGGCUGCUGCUGCUUCUCUGCUGACGGCUCGCUGCUCGCCGUGGGCUUCCAGGAAGUGGUGACGGUGUGGAGCGCUGCUUCCUGGGAGCUGCUGACCACUCUGUCCCAGCCGCCAGGAGGCAUCAGGGAUCUUUGUUUUGGUCGACUGAGCUGCUCCAAAUAUCUGCUGGGAACCAACGACAACAAGAUUCUGUGYUGCUGGAACCUCCUCAGCUGCUCCUUGGAGUGGAGCACAUCCAUGGAYGUCAGCCUGCUGCUGGCCGACCCGCUCUCUGACAACAUGGCCGCCUUCAGCGUCCAGGACAGAUCUACAGACCUGUUUGUGUUCAGGCCCAGCGAGCCGCGCCCGCUGUUUUCCCACAAGGCCGUGUGCUCGGGGACGGUGACGCACGCCGUCUUCACACCGAGGGAGGUCAUGCUGGAGAGCUGCGAGGAGAGCAGCCAGUGGCUGAACCGCUCACAGCUCUUCUUCCUCACACAGUUCAUGGACCUGCUGACGUUCAGCACCAGAGCAGAAGAAGAAAAGCUGAUGGCUGCAAAUAAGCAGCUCCUCGUUGACGACACCGUCGCCAUGACGCCGUUCUACCUGCUGCUGGGGAAACAUCGGCGUCCGGAGGCGGCGGCGAGCGGCCCGUUGUUCGACAGAGCUGCUCCUCUUCCUCACAGCUCUGCAGCCGUUAAAGAGCUCCUGCAGACCCCGGCCCACGUCCUCCCCUCCACCUCCUUCCUGUGCUCCGCCUUCGUCAAGUCGCUGCUCGUCUCCGUCACGGACACCAGGGAGGACAAGCGCUCRCAGGAGGAAAUGGAGAGUGAGAAAGAGGAAGAAGAUUCGGACCAGGAAACUGAGACUGGGAUCUUGAGACCAGAUCAGGAGUUGAUGGGGGCCCAGGAGUCAGGAGGCCCGGACCCCACCCUGACCAGAGCUCAGGUUCGAGCCCUGAGGAGGGUGAGGAGACUGGACCACAGCUGGCUCGCAGGCCUCCUGGACUAAAUACAGAAACUGUUCUGUUGCUGUGGCUCCAACCGGACCUGUUUCAUGUUACAUGAUUCUGGUUCUGGUCACCAGAACCUCAGAACCUUCACCGUUUGCUUCUGCAGUUACUGGAAAAUAAAUCUCUCUUCACGAGAUUGAUCAUUUUUCAUUUUUCCUGCAGAUUUUUCAAACUAAUAAAUCAGUUUUUAUUGUUUCUGAUAAAA